CAACAACCAGUGAGCCGAUGACGUCAGAAAAAUCAGAUGAUGAUGAAUCAAUGACAACCGCGAUAUCAUUUUCACGUGACUAUACAACGCCUUCAGGAACUGGGGAUGCAGAAUCAGCGGAAAUAUUUACUAUUGUGGUAACAACGGACUAUGAUAACAUUGAUAAAGGUGUGAUAAAUAAUUGCACAGGUGGCGUUUAUAGGAACAGAGUCUGGGCUAUGAAUGGAGAAUCCUAUGCUAUUCAAUACAAUCCGUUUCAGAACGACCUACUUGAGUUUACAGUGUGCUUCUGGAUGAGAACAAGUGAUACUGACAAUUUCGGAACGCCUUUCCACUACGCAACCUGGAACACUGAUACUGAAGAUGAGAUAUCCCUCUAUGAUUACAAUGAUUUUACACUAUUUAUUAGAGGUCAAAUGCUAUCAUACACCAAAGUGUCUGUAGUUGACGACCAGUGGCAUCACAUAUGUGUCACGUGGCAAUCUCAUGGUGGGAAUUACCAGCUCUAUAAAGACGGUGUAGUGGAAUCCUAUGGUGGAGGCGUCGCAACUAAUUUGACAAUCCGUGCUGGAGGAGUGUUGGCUGUCGGACAAGAGCAGGGCGAGCCAGGUGGUGGUUUCUCUAAGUCGCGAUCUUUCAUGGGAAUGCUGGCAUAUUUUAACAUGUGGUCGCGCGUGUUAAAUGAAACAGAAAUCGUAAGUCUCUAUAGUGACUGUGCAGACAACGGCUGUGGUGAUAUUGUGUCGUGGUCAUCAUUCGAAGAUACUCACGUGAAUGAUAUUACUAUUAUUGACGGCGUUGAUAUAUGUAAGACGCUACAUCCGUGCUUAUUUCCAUAUUUCCCAGACAAAUCAUGGGGUUUUUAUGAGAACGAUAGCCACGUCACACUCGCAAUCACUGUUGACGAAUUGUCAGAGUCUAGUGUUGCGUUCUGGUUUAGGUGUGAAGACAUUGACCGCCUUGGAACAGUGUUGCACUACUCUACCAACCGACGGGAUGACGAACUAAUAAUUUAUUUAGGAACGCUGCAAACUGGCAUAGGCGCGGGUCUAGCUCUUAAAAUUGCUGAUCAGGAUUUUAACAUCCCGUUAGCAGGACUCGGGGAAUCACAAUGGCACCACGUUUGUAUAGAAUGGAAGACAGUAGAUAUGGAUACACUGUUGGUUAUAUACUUUGACACAGCAGUGGUAUUCUAUCGCACCAGUCCUACCAGAAGAGUUGUACAUGGGACAGGUGUAAUAACUGUCGGACAACGAGACCUUGGUAACCGGAACUUCGACUCAACAAGAAGAUUUGUAGGACGUAUUGCUGGUCUGAAUAUGUGGUCACAAAUGCUCAAUGGAACUGAGAUCGAAAGAUUAGGAUCUGUUUGUAAAAAUGUCGGUUGUGGAGAUCUCAUUACGUGGGCAAAGUUCACCAUUUCGGAUCUUAAUAAUGUUUCUGUUCAUGACGUUUUUGACUUGUGUGACGACAUUUUCAUAACUGCCAAUCCAACGACGUUACACAGGACAACAUCUCCCCAAGUAGGAAUUAGCACUACAGCCACAGACACAGAAACAAGCCGUUUAUAUACUGGAGAAGUAUACGACAAAUCCUCAGCUACGCAAUCUAUUCUACAACAAUCAAGUAGUGAUUCGAACCCACAGACGAGUGAUGCUUCUACCACAGCUAUAUCGCAGACCACGAUUAGUAGUACUAGCAUAUCGUUGAGUAGACAGACCGUCAGCGAACUGAAAAUAAGUUCCAGUAACACUCAAACUGUGGGUACUGCUAGCUCAUCUCAAGGUAGACAGACAUUCAGCGCAGAGAAAAUGAGUUCCACAAAACCUCACACAUCUAAGCCUUGGGCGAGUACCUGGAAUGAUGAAAACAAAGAAACUCCCUCGCAAACCAAGUAUGGCGGCAAUACGAAGGGUAGUGACUUGGACAAAUACAAAUCGACCCCCUCAGUUCAGAAGAACCAGGAUCCUAACUAUUAUACACCACAGAACGUACAACAAUUUGAUAACAGUCCAAGAGCGUUAAUUAUACUGAUAUUCAUAGUCGUUGUACUCUUUAUUGCUGCUGUUAUAAUAUCAUGUUUUGUGUACAGAAAGUGUAGACGACACAAAGGGCAUUAUAGUCCAAAUCAUCAUGAUGCUACAGAAAUGAAUACAUAUUCAAACACAGGUUACGUUACGUGAUGACGUCAUGUCCACUGUAUAGUUUUCAAAGCACAUUUGAACAAGAUGCAAUAGAAAUGGACGAUAUGCAGGACUGAUAUUUUCGAUAUAUUUGCACGUUUAUAUUGUUUACCUGGUUCUAGUGUUUAACUAUAUUUCAUUUUCGCUGAUUGCAGAAGUCAUGGCGCAAACAGAAUGUUAUCAAUCUUAAUAUGUUUUUGCUGAAUAGAUUAGUAUAAUUCUCACGCUUGUGGUUUAUCUAGCAUUUAUAUAGAAUGGACGUCAUUUUAACAAAUUUUGCAUAUUGUUACUCAUAUUUUUUAUAAUUAUCAGCGUCGUUAAAGUGUACAUAUUACGAAGCCGGUAGUCAAGGCAGGUGUAUUUGAGAAAUAAAACAACAUUCAAAUAU